AUGGCAAGAAAACAAACUCCGGCCGGCAACCAAAACUCAACCGAAAAACCAACCCUUCAUCCAGCAUACACCGUAACCAACAUCCGAACCCUCGAUGGCAAGAAAGUAACAUAUUUGGCCUGGGUCAAGCUCUUCAAACUUCAUGUUCGCGCCUACAAAGUUCUUCACCAUAUCGACGACACCGACUCACCCGAUGAAUCCGAUCCGAAAUUCUCUACAUGGUCCGAACUAGAUGCCCUCAUAUUACAUUGGAUUUACAGCACUUUGUCGGACGACUUGUUGUCUCGAGUACUCGACACCGAUCUCACGGCUAGAGACGCAUGGGUUAAAAUCCAAGAAAUAUUUAUCAAUAACAAACAGGCUCGGGCGGUGACUCUCGAGACAAAGUUCACCAACACCACACUACAAUCAUGCUCCUCCUUUGAUGACUACUGUCAAACCUUGAAAGAUAUUGCUGAGCAGCUUCGUGAUGUCGACCAACCGGUUACCGAAAGUCGUCUUGUCAUACAAAUGGUACGUGGUCUUCCUAUUGAGUGUGAUACAAUUGCAGCCAUUAUUAAUCGUGAAAAAUCAAAGUGGAAGAUUGCUCGAAGCAUGAUUGAAGACGAACAAUCUCGCCAAGUGGCCCGGUCUAAUCCUACACGUGACACGGUUCUCCUACAUUCCACGAAUCCCACUUCGGCACCCACACAAAACGACUCAGCCCGUUCUCCCUAUCCCAACGGAUACCAUGGACGCAACUAUGACGCUGCCAAAGCCGCUCGUGGACGUGGUUAUGCCGCUCGGGGUGGCCGCCAAGGCACCAACACCCAUAAUCCAUCCUCUCUUGCUGGACGUGGAACUUGGGGACCUAACUACCAACACCAUCAGAAUCCACCAACCCAACAUAACCUGCACCAAACCCAUCCCUAUUCACAGCCCAACUGGAUAAACUCUAGUGGGCCUCCAUCUUGGACACCACCACCUACACCAUACCCAUCCAAUCCAGCCCAGUUCACUCCUCAACCAUCCUACCCACAACAACAACAGGCCCAUGUCGGGUAA